UUAUCAUUAUGGUCGAGAGAUCGACGGCACCGGGGAUCAGACCAAGAAACGGAUCUAAAUCCACGGUAGAUUUACCGUCGAUAGACCAUCUGAAGUUAUUGCAACGAUCGAUUAUUCGGUAGUGACUGUUUUGAUCGAGAGGCCGACACAAUUCCUACAUCAUCCGAUACUGCUUUGCAAAGACAGUGACAGCUGUGGCCUUUUUGCAUGAAGCAAUAGGCUCCAUCGCCGCUAGGACGAGCCAGCACCGACUGAGAGACAUCGUGGUAGGCUGGCUAUAGGAGAAGAAACCGGCUGCAUGCACCUCCGCCCACCUCCUCCUCCUCCACGGUCGGCAGCGACAACGGUACCGUUCAGUGCCUGCAUCAUCCGUUAACGAGAUGACGAAGUGAACCAAGCCUCCUCACGCACCGAACGCUGGAUUCCGCAAGACGACUGAAUGAGUAGAGAGAGAAAGGGAGACGAGCUGAUGGCGAUGCUGAUCUAGUGUGGAGAAGGGAAAGGCUAUGCAUUUUCACGUUUGAUUUAUCAGGACCUUAACAGCCGACACGUGGUCUCUAUCGGGGUUUCAACAACCAAUUAAUCCCCUAGCACGAGGGAGGACGUUUGUCAUUCCGAUAAAAUGGGAACCACGCGUGGAUCCCGGACUGCGGUUUAAACGUGCCCGUGUUUCUCUAUGAAAGCACCGCUGUGAUGGAGCACGACGAAAGUAGCGACCUGGAAGCUGCUAAGGAGCCCCUGCUCCACCGUAUUCACGCGCCCAAUCGGAUCCGGCCAUCGUCUUACCGGGCACUGCGGAGCGCUGUUUCCAGCCUCGCGCGCAUCGAUGACUUCGUCUGUGAGAAGAUCGGGUCUGGGUUCUUUUCAGAGGUCUUCAAGGUGCAGCACAGGAUCACAGGCCAGGUGAUGGCCCUGAAGAUGAACACUCUGGCCAGCAACAAGGCUAACAUGCUCAGGGAGGUGCAGCUCAUGAACCGGCUGUGCCACCCCAAUAUACUGGGGUUCCUGGGAGUGUGUGUGCAUGAGGGCCAGCUCCAUGCUCUAACUGAGUACAUCAACGGGGGUAACCUGGAGCAGCUGCUGGACAGUGACAGGUAUCUGUCGUGGUCGGUGAGGAUGGGCCUGUCUCAGGACAUCGCCUGCGGGCUGCAGUACCUCCACAGCAAGGGCAUCUUCCACAGAGACCUCACCUCCAAGAACUGUCUGGUGCGCUGUGAGAAUGGUGUGUUCACUGCAGUAGUGGGAGACUUUGGUCUGGCAGAGAAGAUUCCAGACUACAGUGACGGGGCUGAUAAGCAGCCUCUGGCCGUGGUGGGCUCCCCCUACUGGAUGGCCCCGGAGGUGCUGAGAGGGGAGGUCUAUGAUGAAAAGGUGGAUGUGUUUGCCUAUGGAAUCAUCCUAUGUGAGAUCAUCGCCCGGAUAGAGGCUGAUCCAGACUUCCUACCUCGCACUGAGGACUUUGGACUAGACGUGGAUGCCUUUGAGAACCUGGUCGGUGACUGUCCAGCACCAUUCCUCAACCUUGCAGUCCUCUGCUGCAAUAUGAAUGCAAAGAUACGUCCCUCGUUCUCCGAGAUAGUGGUGUUGCUGGAGGGGAUGGAGAGAGGAGAGGAGGAGAGGAAGACGGUCAUCCCUCUGGGUGAUUAUCUCUCCUCAGAACCCGCUACCGUCCACAUCAGCCCCUACCGACGACGGAGUUCCCCCUGUCGCCCCGGCGACCAGCGGUUGUCACGGAGCCAGUCGGACAUGCUUCCCCCAACGACGCCCCCUCUAGGCACCCCGGCACGGGUCAACCCUUUCUCUCUGCGGCAGGACCUGAACGGGGGCCGCAUCAAGCUUUACGACACCCCCAGCAAGUCUGUCAUCUCCCUGACCUUCACCCUCCCCCAGCAGCCUGACCCCUGCGCAUCUCCCCCCCUCAGGGUGAACCUCUUCCUCCGUGGGCCCCCCCGACGCUGCCAGUCCCUCCCCUGCACCCCCAAGCAGGGGCACACCCUCGCCCUCCUCCGGGACCCCGACCUGCAGAGCUUGGGGAAAGAGGAGGAAGAGGAGGUAGAGGAGGUGGAGAAUGAAAGGAGGAAUGAGAAGGGAGGGAUGGUGGAGGAUGAAAGGAGGAAGGAGAAGGGAGGGAUGGUGGAGGAUGUGUCAGAUGAUUCAGGGCUGCCUCUGGAACUGGGCAUGGUGUCUCUGGAAGAGGAAGAGGAGGAAGGUUUUUCUCUGGGGGAGCCUAUGGACUGCAGCAGGUCUCCUGACACACUAGAGGGUGAUGUCCCUACACCAGGGAGUCUUCUCCUACACCCAGCCUCGUCCUGUUCCUCCCUAUUUUUGCAGCCUAACGGCUGGGGUCACCCAGUCUCCAACGCCCCCCCCUCCUUCCCUCCUCUCCCCCGUCUGGACAACAACAACGGCUCGGCGACGGUGGUCGUCGGCCGUCCGACUGGCUGGAGGGCUAGCGGCUACCACGCCGCAAUCCCGGGCCCCCCUGCUGGCCCCGCCCCUGAGCAAGAUGAGGUAAUUUCCUGUCCGGGCUGUUGUCUGAUUGGUCUGAGCUUUCCGUCCGUGUGCAUGAAGGGGGCGCCGACCCCUCGCCGCGUACCGCCCGGGCGACCCUACCGGAACCUCAACGGGGCGGCAUCGGUGAAGCAUCAGCUGCCACGGCAACCAAGGGACUGCUUUGUUGCGGGUCGAAUGGUCUCGUUCCUCCGACCGCGCCUUGCGUUCCUGGGCUGCCCCUACCGGAGGCACAGACUUAGGGAGGGCUCCCCCUAG